CCGGACUCCUCCUGGGAUGACUUGUCCACAGGUCUUCCUCUAAGAUUCAACCUGUCAGCCCAGCAAUGUCACAGCAGGAGCAGCAAUCUUGGGAGCCUCCAAAUGCUCCCAAAUCCUCCCCUCCCCAGUGCCCAAACCCCUGCCUGGCUCCCUGCUCUGCCCGUUGUGGUACUCCCUGUUCAGGAAGCUGUCAUUCCAGUUCCCAAAGGUCCAGGGCUCAGAACCCCACCUGCUCUAGGAGGGCUCGAAGAAAGCCUCGCUGCCUCAGAGGUGGCACAACCUACCACUGCAAAGAGGAGGAGUGUUAAGACAGCUGA